UCAAGUUGCUGAUGAGCUAGCUAGAUAAAAGUUGUUGUGUUUGUUGUUUACAAUGGAAACACUAAAAUGGCUAUAGUUAUUGUUGUUGCUGUUGCCGUCGUCGGCAGGCCUGGCAUUAUGUGCCCAAAAUGGUUAAAAUGUUUUGUGUCAUUUGUGCUGUCGCGGUCGUUGUCGGCGUCGCCUUCGCCAUAAGCCAGCAAACAAACAACACUACAACACUUAUUUGGUUUCUUACUUCCGCCGUUGCCAACGCCGAUGACGUUUAACAAAAUAUACUACAGCAACACUUACAAAAUUAUUGACGAUUUAAUGCACGUUUUGGAUUUAUGAACAACAACAAAAUUUUAUUUAAAAUUUUCCAUUUCUAGCCAUAGAAAACAGGCACUUAAUUCUGAUUCUAAAACGUAUGCCUCUAAAUGAACCGCAGAGUAGUGCUGUAAAAAAACGAAAGAAAAUACGCGGCAUGAUAGAUAACUAUGUGUGACGACCAGCAUAUACGGAUGUCGGGGUGUGUGUGUGUGUGUUUUUUUUUAAUGCUUUGUUGGCCCAUAGUAUUUUAUUUUCCCCCAACAAGUCAAGGCAAGCGCUUAGCAUUUAUAAAUGCACAUAGAAAACAAAAUACAACAAAACCCAACCUUUUCCGGUUCGAAAGUUCACAAAAGAGAGAGAGAAAAAAAAAAAUAAACAUAAAUAAACGAGUGUGUAACUGAAACCAAUAACCGUUAAAGUGAAUGAAUACCUAUACUUAUUUCCCACAAAUCAAAUGGGAAAACUGUGUGCUCUGGCUUACCACCAUAGGCCCUAUCUAACCCUGAUUAAAUUUCCAAACACAUCAUCGGAGAUAAUGUUCACACCUACAAAUAACUUACAAGUGAGAGAGAAAGAUAAAAGAUAGAGAAAACAAAGACAACUUCAACAACACUUUCUAAUUGAGAAAGAGUCAGCGAGAGAGAGAAAGCGCAAGCGUGGCCAAUUAUUAUCUCAAGAUUAAUGGAAUAAACAACAACAAAAUACAGUUACAUUAUUGUUAUCAUUGAGCGCGCUCUGGGUGCUGUUUGCAAACACCUCGGUGCACACACAUAAAAAUACUCAUUCAGAUGGGUCACCGUUUCAGUAAAGCAGCUGCAAACAAUAUUGCGCCAACAGCUGGCCAACAACUCAUGAAAGACCAAGAAUUAAGCAAUCAAACAACAACAAUACAAACAAAUACACUGAGGCAACAACAACCAUUUACAUUUACCCCAAGCACACAGAGAAUACCUAUACCUGUUUGUAAUAACAACAACAACAACACCAACACAUUUGUUGGUCCCACUAUCAAUUUACAAAUACAAGAGAGUCCUUCUGGCCUACAGGCAACGGCAAUUGGUAGUGGUGUUACUACAGCUACCUGCUUGCAAAAUACUUCAACGACACCAAACGUCGCCGCUACAACAGCAGCAACUGGCAUUUUGUCGUCGCAGUCCACUACAAGCCUAGACUGCAGCAGUAACAGCUUGACUUCGGUCAAUAAUUUAUCGUGCGGCCGUCAGAUUAUCAUUAAAAUUCAAUUGGCCAAAAUGGAAAACGGAAAUGAAAUAACAACAUCAUCAUCAUCCACCAACACAGCGCGUCAGGAUAUUUCUUUGGAAGCCUUAACAGCUGAUUGUAAUCUAAAUUCCACGGAAUUUAUGACAGCAACCUCAGUCAGUGGCAGCAGUGGUGGUGCAGCACAAUUUUUAAAUCUUACCCUUAACAGUAAUAGCGGUGUCACAACUCCAACAACUUUGACAAACAGAACUGCGGGCAGUUCUGCAUUGACAAUGACCGUUCCCACUACGAAUAACAAUUAUUUGAAUCCAAGCAGUAGUAGUAGCAGCAGCAGCAGCAGCAAUAGUAGUACGCAUUUUACAUCGUCAACGGAUGCACAGAGAGAACGGCUGGGACGUUUAAAUACUCUUAAUGAGGAACUUGUGGAACAAAAUAUAGUUGAUAUUGUUGAGUACUGUGAAGUUUUGCAAGAUCAACAGCAGCAGCAGCAACAAUCAAUGCUAUUGAAUAGCAGUAACAGUGGUAAUCAGGUGUUAUCAUUGAAUGAAGAGCCCGAAAUCGAGGCAAACGUUUGCUGUCGUCGCAAAUCGAAAUCCUUGGCUGCGAAUGGUGGCGCCGCGAGUUCAACCUCCAAACGGCGAUGUCGUAAAUGUAGUUGUCGAGAUGCAUUUCGACGUAUAUUGGAUCCUUCCCUUUCCAGGUCAUCAAAUAAAGCCCAAAAGCAACAACAACAACAGCAGCAACAACAAUUGGAAAGGGAACGCAAAGAAAGACAUUCCGUACCUAGUUUACCAAGUAAUCGAAUUUUAAAUCCCUCACAAAUGCAACGCAAUUCAAUGCAUUCCACCACCCAUGCAAUGGCAACACAACAGCAGCAGCCCCUAACAGCGGCAACAUUUGUAGUACCAACGCAACAACAGCAGGCCUCCAUGUCUGCAACAACAACCGCAGCAGCAGGCAGCAACGCGGUAUGGAAUGCUGCUACAGCCACCAAUGGCAAUGAUGUUAUUCUACCACUGGCAACGCCGCCACAAUUUGUUGUGGUUCAGUGUGCCAUUGUAAAUCCAACUCCCGCCACAAAUGUCUCCUCGAUUCAACAUAGCUCCUGCAAUGGCCUGGCUAAUCUGGCCCCCACGACGAUGACGCCCAACAGCAGCUUUCUAUCAUUAAGUCAUAAUUCCAACAAUUCACCAAUGUCGCCUGCUUCGUUGACAAACGAGGCUGUUAAUGCUGGUCUUCAAGUUCCUCGUUCCUCGCUAGUAUCAUCCACACACUCCCCCUCAUUGGCAGCAGCAAGUACACAAUCUUCAGCAAUAGCAACAGCCAACGCUGGUCCCAUUGUACAUUCGCAUGUGGAUUUUGUGCAUUAUUUGGUGCCAGAUCUGGAGCGUAUUACCAGCUCCAGUUUCUAUUGGGGAAAAAUGGAUCGUUAUGAGGCUGAGCGUUUGCUGGAAGGCAAACCUGAGGGAACAUUUUUACUGAGAGAUUCGGCCCAGGAGGAAUUUCUGUUUUCAGUUACAUUCCGAAAAUAUGGAAGAUCAUUGCAUGCCCGCAUUGAACAAAGUGGUCAUCGAUUUAGCUUUGACUGUCAUGACCCUUGUGUCUAUACGGCUCCCACUGUUACCGGUCUCUUGGAACAUUAUAAGGAUCCUGCAUGUGUGAUGUUCUUCGAACCCAUGCUAACCAUACCAUUACAUCGCAAAAACUGUUUUUCACUGCAGCAAUUGUGUCGUGCCACCAUUGUUUCCCAUACCACAUACGAUGGCAUAUAUGAACUCGAAUUACCAGCCCGUCUCAGAUCCUAUUUGAAGGAAUACCACUACAAGCAAAAGUUACGUGUCCAAUUAAAUGAACCCACCUACAAUAACACCGCUCACUGCGAAUAGUGCAUAGACACAACGGCCGAUAUUAGCCGUCAACCAGAAGAGGUUUUACCACCCAUAACCACCUAUCACAAGGCAUACCACGUUUCGCGCUAUCAAUAUGAGCGCGAUACAUAUCAUCAGCGUUUUCUCAAAUGGUAUGAUGAGAAGAUGCGUACCCUUGAGGAGCAUCAGAAGAAACUCCAUAGAAAUAAAUGUGUGAUUUUUUAAAAAGGAAUCACGCUCACACACAGUAUAACCCAAUCAGAGUUAUAUAUUACUCUUUUUUUUAAUAUAGAAGUAGAUAUUUUUUGUUAACCAAAAAACAAAAAAAAAAACAGAAAAACAUAAAAACAAAAAUUAUGUAGACAGACAAUCCCAGUGAAUAAUGAAUGUAUGAGAAUAUGAAGUCUAGCUGUAAUUAUAUGCAGAACAAAUAGUUUAUUUUGGACUAAAUCACUUCCAAAAUACAAAUGUAAAACUUAAGUUAUAGCUGUUACUAUUUAUGAAUGUAUUAAAAGCAUUAUUUGCUCUAAAUGUAUGUAGUUCUAUAACAUACUCCGCGUAGUAGGUAUUCCAUGUGUACUAUACUAUAUGUUUAUAAAGAAAAAAUUAGUUUAUAAAACUAAGGGAAUACUUUUGCAAAUGAAAAUUAACAUCUAUUUAAUUUAAAAUCUUAAGGCAGUCCAUGUGGGUUUGGUAGUUAAAAUGUUGGGUUUUUCUUCCACAAAAAAGGAAAUUAUAACAUUUUGGCGCAGGUCCAUUGUUUUUGAAGCAGUGUAAUCAGAUUUCUAGAAUGUAAAAAAACAAAAUAAUUUGAAAAAAUUUUUUAGUACUUGGUAUAGUUGGUUCAAGCUAAGGAAACAUAAGGCGUACAACACUCCAGUGCGAGACCCUAGGAUAUAUGACAAAAAUCUUAUAUAGGAAAUGUCCGGUUAAAAUGUCCAUAGUCCCCUUUUAGAGGUUGGGAUUAUCUAUGAUAUGUCUGUUUAGAUGUGAGCUCUUAUUACACUAGGAAAAUUCAUCAUAAACUGAGCUCAUCUAAUCUCUCCUUCUUAUAAGAUCCUAGGGUACUUAUGUAACAUGGCAGUAAGCAGGUAAUUAAAACCAUGCCAUGCCAUAGGCUACCUGAGAUGUAAAAACUCGAGUUUAGUGAUUCUAAAGGUUUCUUAUGUGGCCAAUGAUUAUCAUCCAAUUUAGCUUAAUGAACCUCUUCACAAUAGCAUAACUUUGAUCUUGCCUUUACCUAGAAAUCAUCACAAAAUAGAGCAAAAACUCGAUAGGCAACUCUGGUUUACUUAACAAGCAGUUGUUAAACACAGUUUUGGCCCAUUCUGAAAAGAGAGAAGAGAAGUACAGAUGGGAUGGCAAAGAAAAAGUGUAAGGCCUCAGAUCUGAUCUAGAAACGAGGUAAGGUAAUGAAGAUAUAUAAGAAGAGGAUAGGGAGCCUAUCCAUAAUGCCUUCAUGUUUGUGCAUCGAGGAAAAUAACGCCUCCUAAAGAUAAAAAGCUUGAGAACCUGCCGACCUAAACAUGAACAAAGCAACUGCUGGUUUAUAUACAGCUUCUGCGUAAAUGGGAACACUACUCUACUCAGUGUUUGUCAACCAGCAAUCCUACGCAUCUAAUCACACAUGACCAUUACUAGUUUACUGUCAAAACCCUUCCAUCUUGUAGUCCUACUACAUGUCCAAGAUCGAAGAAAACCCCCAAAAGGUGUCCUCAUCAAUUUCUGUAGAAAACAUUAUGCGUUGUUGUAACAGUGUGUUAUACACUGAGGCGGGAACCCUUGCCGAUGAAGAAUUCCAUAGAGUCAAUCCGGUACGUACAAACGGCUACCAUGGGUUUGCAUCUUGUAGUCCUACUACAUAUCCAUGAACGAAGAGAACCCCCAAAAGUUGUCCUCAUCAAGACAACUUCUGCAGAAAACAUUAUACGUUGUUGUAGCAGUGUGUUAUACACUGAGGCGGCAGCUCUUGCCGAUGAAUUACUCUAUCGGGUCAAUCCGGUGCGUACAUCUGGCUGUCAUGGGAUGGCGUGAUUCUUAUCUGUGCUGCCAUACUAAUACUACAUUUCCCAUAAACAUUCCGUUAAGGAACAGGGUAUAACAGGUUAUCAACGAGAGUGCAGUCCAAUUAAAGUUUAAACUUUUAACGGACUGUUGCACUCCGUUCGAACUCGGCAUGCCACAUAGCGACUCUACUUGGCAGAGAGGUCUCAACAUGUCAGAAUGUGUUAGAAAUGUAGCCAGCAUUAGUAAGGAGAUAAGUUGGAUUAGGUAAGAGUGGCAGUCCUUUACAGUCUCACUUAGACAAUUUUGAGUCCAUUGUGAUACCACAGAAGCGACAGACCAAGGCUUCUGGCGGGAAUCGAACCCACCACCCCUGCACUGAUAAUCCAAGCAAGCUAACAACUCGGUUACCGGGGUGCCCGUAAGGAGAUAAUUACCGCUGAACAUUUUUUCGUUAUUCACGCCGUCCGGCGUUUUUACACCUUUCGUACAGGGAUCGGUUAUAACUCUUAUUAAUAUGGUUGUUGCCACAUACUUGUAUGUGGAUGUAGAAAUCCUUGGGAGGCAGAGUCGUACCUGUGCUUAAAUCCCAUCUCUGGAAUAAUAUAAUAGUUCUCAGGCUUGCUCGCCUAUAAGAGGAUCGCCACCCGCACAUGCAAAUGUAGCUACAACCAACUUUUAUUGUAAGCAAUUUCGUCGUAAGACGGUAGGCCAGAAUAUACUGGCAGUUCGGCUCUCAUGGACAGAUUCCCACCUCGACUCCGCACUAACCAUCUCCUACACUAUGUUCAGUUGCAGGCUUGGGGUGUAUAGCCCUCGGUUAAGCCAUAGAGCGAGUAGGGGCUAGUGUGCCCAACUCCGGCUUUGAAUCCGUCCUCAAAAACUCGACUCCGCAGCCCUGUUCAGUAGUUUUGCAAAUGGCAUUUACGCAAGAGGGGCGUCGUUCGCUCAUCGAAGAUAUCAUAUUCAUCCGCCUUCUCAUCACUACCAUCUCCUGCACUAUGUUUAUUGGCACAGUGUCUAACCCUCAAAGUAUUAAGCCAGAGUUGGAGAGCGGUUCCGAGUUGGUGCUCAACUCCGACUUCGACUCCAGUCUCAAAAACUCAACUCCAGUCGACUCCGUAGCCCUUUUCAGUAGUUUUACAAAUGGCACGUACGCAAGACGGGUGACUAGGCUAGUGUGCUCAACUCCGAACCAAACUCCGAUGUCACAACUAUAGGAAUUUCUUAAGGGGUUGCAUUUCGCUGACAAAGGAUUGGCUUCUAACGCUUAAACAAGUGGAUUUUCAAAGAUCUUUGUGUAGUUUUUUGGGUUCUCCAUGCUGAUACCCUUCAUGCUGUUGAUACCCUUCUUCAUACUUAAUUAGUGUAAUAUCCCUUCUUGAUGUCACAACUAUAGGAAUUUCUUAAGGGAUUGCAUUUUGCUUCCAUAGGAUUGGCUUCUAACGCUUAAAGAAAUGGAUUUUUGUGAUGUAUGAAAAGUGUGAAGGGACUGAGACCAAAAUAGGGGACUCCCCAACAGCAUUAGCUUAAUCUGAGUAUGGUAAUGCCUAGGGAUUUUGGACAGAAUAGCGAGUAUACCUUCAGAGUUAUACAUGACGUAUGGGUUAUUCCGCUCUAAGCGUCUCCCUAGGCAUAAGAUCUAAAGCUUCAUGGUCGCAAUAUGGGUAGACAUUGAGGAUUUUUUGUGACAGAUCAGGUUGUUGUUGUUGUAGCCACAUGCAGAUAGCGAUCCUAGUGAAGCUCUAAUAGAGCUAUACCCAUUAAACUGUAGGUAACCUCAGUUGGACCUGCCUCUUGUAUUGUGAGAAUGACGGCAAAUAAAACCUAGAGAAAUCAGUAUCUCGGCCAACAAGUUUUCAACACAUCAAAAUUUUUACUUCUGCAACGCUGAUGGAGGUCACCAUAGCGCAGAGGUUAGCAUGUCCGCCUAUGAUGCUUAAAGCCUGGGUUCGAAUCCUGGCGAGACCAUCAGAACAAAUUUUCAGCGGCAACAUUUGUGAGGUACUAUGAUGCCAUUCAGGUUGUUGUUGUUGUAGCCACAUGCAGAUAGCGAUCCUAGUGAAACUCUAAUAAAGCUAUACCUAUUAACUGUAGGUAACCUAGGUUAGACCUGCCUCUUGUAUUGUAAGAAUGACGGUAAAUAAAAUCUAGAGAAAUCAAUAACUCGGCCAACAAGUUUUCAACACAUCAACAUUUUUACUUCUGCAUCGCUGAUGGAGGUUAGCGUAGCGCAGAGGUUAGCAUGUCCACCUAUGACGCUAAACCCCUGGGUUCAAAUCCUGGCGAGACCAUCAGAACAAAUUUUCAGCGGUGGUUUUCCCAUGUAAAACUUUUCUCCAAAGAGGUGUUGCACUGCGUCACGCCGUUCAGACUCGGCUAUAAAAAGCAGGCCCCUAAUCAUUGAGCUUAAAUGUGAAUCGGACUGCACUCAUUGGUAUGUGAGAAGUUUGCCCCUGCGCCUUAGUAAAAUGUUCAAGGGCAAAAUUUGCAUUGUAUCGCAGAU